AAGAAAGACAUGAAACGUGCAGAGCCAGGAUUUGCAUUCUGGCAGGCUGACCCCAGAACUUAUCUCUAAGCUCCGCACAGUGGUUGUCCCCCAUCAGGAUGUGAAGAAAGUGAGGACAUGAGACAAGGAGUGAGAGGCUGGUGUGGUUUGAACAGAUGUGAUAAAACAGCGGAAGCAAGGAAUUGACAUGAUAAAACGGUGUGCGAUCCAGGUGUGACUUAGUGAGGGUAGAAUUGAAAGUGGCCUAAACCUUUGCCUUAACCUUGGCUAGGGCCAGCCUCUCUCGAAUUCUGUGGGGCAGGGAAGAGAGAUAUACACCCAUACACAUGCAUGGUCAUGGAGGCUAUGACUCUGAUUUUAGUGAUGAUGAACACUGUGGAGAAUCUAGCAAAAGGAAAAAAAAGACAGUUGAAGAUGAUUUACUGCUCGAAAAGCCAUUUCAGAAAGAAAAACAUGGAAAGGUGGUCCAUAAACAAGUUGCAGCAGAAUUGCUGGAUAGGGAAGAAGCAAGAAAUAGAAGGUUUCAUCUCAUAGCUAUGGAUGCUUAUCAAAGGCAUACAAAGUUUGUAAAUGACUAUAUUUUAUACUAUGGUGGCAAAAAAGAAGACUUCAGGCGAUUGGGGGAAAAUGACAAGAUAGACAUGGAUGUUAUACGAGAAAAUCACAGAUUCCUAUGGAAUGAGGAGGAUGAAAUGGACAUGAAUUGGGAGAAGAGACUUGCAAAGAAAUACUAUGAUAAAUUAUUCAAGGAAUACUGCGUAGCAGAUCUCACCAGAUACAAAGAAAAUAAGUUUGGAUUUAGGUGGCGAGUAGAAAAAGAAGUAAUUUCAGGGAAAGGCCAGUUUUGCUGUGGAAAUAAAUGUUGUGAUAAAAAAGAAGGCUUAAAGAGUUGGGAAGUUAAUUUUGGUUAUAUUGAGCAUGGUGAAAAGAGAAAUGCGCUUGUUAAAUUAAGAUUAUGCCAAGAAUGUUCCUUUAAAUUAAAUUUUCAUCACAGGAGAAAAGAAGACAAGUCAAAAAAAAGAAAGGAUAAAGCCAGAAAAGAUUGUGAAGAGUCAUCACAUAAAAAAUCCAGAUUAUCUUCUGUAGAAGAGUCCUCUAAGAAAAACGAUAAAGGAAGCUCUGAUGAGGAAGGAAGUACUUCAGAAUCUGAACUUUGGAAGGGCCCACUACCAGAGACAGAUGAAAAAUCACAGGAAGAAGAAUUUGAUGAAUAUUUUCAAGGUUUAUUUCUGUGAGAUGGAAGAGGGAUGCAUACAUUCCUUAAUGUGAAAGUAUACUUUGAAACUCUUCACAAAAUUUUGUCUACAAGUUGCAACUUGAGUGGUUUGUCUUUGGAAAUAAAAAUCCAGCUACUCUCA